AUGGAUGGUCUGUGUCUAGUAGGUCGUUUGCACGAUGCGGUGAAACUGUUUGGCUCGAUGGUGGAUAAGGGCCUUGAACCGGAUGAUUUUAGUUGGAAUAUAUUUAUUGAUGCGUACUGCAAGAAUCGUAAGUUGGAUGGAGGUAUGCAGAUAUUUAAGAAAAUGAAACAAAAUGGAUCGAAACCCACAACAGUUACCUACAGUUUACUAUUAAGAGGACUAUACCAGGAUGGAGGAAUUAAGACUGCUCAGAAGUUUUUCAAUGUGAUGCAAUCUUUUGGUCUAUCUCCAGAUGAAGUUACAUAUGCUACCAUGUUGAAUGGGUACUGCAAGAAUGGAAAAAUAGCGGAUGCAAUAGAAUUGUUUGAAUCCAUGGAAAAUACUGGUAUCUCAAUUAACAUUAGCAUGUACAACAUUCUUAUUCAUGGUUUGUUUCAGGAUGGCAAGCUGGAAGAUGCUAGAAAGUUGUUUGAUAAAAUUCCAAGAAAUGGAUUAGUGCCUGAUGUAGUAACGUAUACCACAAUGAUCAAAGGCUUCUUACUUAACAGUAUGUUAUUAGAAGCUAACUCAUUAAUCAUCGAAAUGGAAGAGAAGGGUUGUUUACGAGAUGCUAGAGCGUACGAUACCAUCAUCAAUGGUUUUCUUGUAGCAAAGGAGACUGCCAAGGAAAUACAUUUUCUUCGCAAGAUGCUUAAACGAAAAUUUGCACCAAGUGAUUCUGUUGUUUAUUUGUUAGUAGACACCCUUUCGGCAGAUGAGCUUAAAAAUCUGUAG